CCUUGUCCCUCGGUGGUCUGCGUUCUCGUGUCACAGCUUCUUCUUCGUGCUUGUGUCCUCCGUGCGUGUCAACAUGCCCAGCAAGAAGAAGAAGAACCAGCGUCGCAUGCGGAGGGUGCAGGCCCAGAGGAGAGCCCUGGAGGAGCAGCACACGUCCAACUCGCCCAUCAAAGCCACGCCCACCAAGAACCCGAAGGCGACUAAGGACAAGACGGUUGCGCCUGAGGCAGCGAAGCACCCGGUGGUGAAGGCCGUCCCGCUGGUGGCACCGGAAGCGGCCCUGCUAGCUGAGAAAAAAACUACUGAAGACGCAGAAGCCAUCAGUGAGACACAGCAUGGCGGUCAGUCCAAAGUUGUUCAGACAUCAGGACCAGAACCUAAAGACACAAGCAACCGCGUGGCUGCUGAAAGAGUAGUGGAAGAACCUGUGGAACAGCUUGUCACCAGCACACCUGAACCAGAACAGGCAGCAGAAACAGCAGCGGCUAGAGAACCGCAGAAAGACAGAGCGGCUGAAGCAGAAACCGUAAAAGAGGAACCCAAAUCCAUAGAGCAGGUUGUCGCUAGUGUACCUAAACCCGAACAAGUGGCUGAAGCAGAAUCUGAUGUCCUAAUAGUGCCAGAGUCGGUCGUCUGCUGCAUCCCUGACCCAGAAGAAGUAGUCGAAGAACAAACCGCUGUAAAAGUAGAAGCAGAAUUAGCAGAUCAGGUUGUUGCUAGCGUACCAGAGCCAGAACAAGUGGCUGGAGCAGAACCUACUAUCCAAAAAGUGGCAGAAAAGGUAGUGAGUCGCAUCCCUGACCCGGAACCAGUAGAUCAGGUUCUCACUAACGUACCUGAGCCAAAACAAGUGGAUGAAGGAAAACCUGGUGUCCAAAACGUGGCAGAGCCAGUCGUCUGUUGCAUCCCUGACCCAGGACCAGUAGUUGAAGCAGAAUCUGCUCUUGAAAUGGAAGCGGAAUCAGUAGAUCAGGUUGUCACUAAUGUACCUGAGCCAGAACAAGUGGCUGAAACAGAACCUGUUAUUCAAACAGUAGCAGAACAGGUCGCUGUUUGUUGCAUCCCUGAUCCAGAACCAGUCCUUGAAGCACAACCUGCCAUUAAGGUAGACGCAGAAUCAGUAGAGCAGGCUGUCUCUAGUAUACCAGAACGAGAACAAGCGGCUGAAGCAGAACCUGCUGUUAAGGAAAAAGCAGAAUCAGUCCAGAAGGUUUUUGCUAUUGUACCAGAACCACAAGUGGCAGCAGUGGAAGGGAACGUGGAGGAGGUUGUCACUGUCACACAUGAAUCAGAACAGGUGGCUGAAGCAGAAUCUACAGUCCAACAUGUGCUCGAACAGGUUGUCUGUUCCUCCCAAGACCCAGCAGUAGAAACCGCUGCAGUGGUGGCAUCAAUGCAGAUUGUUGUACCAGAAAUGGUAAAAGCAGAACCAGUUGUCAAAGUGGAAACAGAAUCAGUAGAGCAGGUGGUCGCUAGCGUACCUGAUCCAGAAGCACAAAAGGUUGAAUCAGAACCUACCAAAAAGGUAGCGGUUAAGGUUAUCACCAAAGUGGCGGAAGCAGAACCUGCUGCUAAGUUAGGAACAAAACUAGAAGUGCAGGUUGUCGGUAGCGUAGAAGAACUGCAAAGGGUGGCUGAAGCAGCUCCAGCUGAGAAGGAUGAAGUAAAGGUGGAGGUGCUGGUCAAAGAUGUAACUCAAGUCCCUGCAGAAAUCAAAGAGGAAGCUGCCACCAAUUUGAAAUGUGUGGAGGUGCUCUCUGAAGAUCCCGGAGUACCAUCAUGUCAGAUGGAGAUGUCAGUGGAGGCGGUGCUCAAUGGACACGUGGUUCCAGAAGUCUCCAUCGAGGGCUAGAACCUACAACACAGUCCAAUUUUUUUUUUUAAUCUUUAUACGACAUGGUCAAUUAGUCAACUUGAAGACAGACUGUCCCGGCAGGAGGAAACCAGAUGGCAUCCAUUCUUCAUAUUCGGGGUUUACAACAGGAAAUUGAAGGGACAUCCACAUUUCAGAGUGCCUUUCCGGUGUUGGUUCAUGUCCAGACACCUAACCCUCCCAUUUCUGUACACCCAAACAGCCUCGGGCAAAGACCCAAGUGGAACCAUAUUGUGGCUUGUUAAGCAGGUCAUGAGCAGCUGAUGAAGAGACGAGACUCCACCGACGCCUAAGAUAAUAUCAUUGCUUACAUCUCACACGUUAACGUCUUUUCUCUUGAUGUCAGCUUUCACAAGAGUAAAAGCACAGAGACUUUGGGUCUACUCUGCUUUGUCUGGAGAGGAACAUCUACGCUUGGUUUCAAAUAAGCAGAAUGAUUCUGUAUGUUUUUUGUUUUUUAAAGGAUCCUAAAAUAGGCGACCUGUGGUAUCCUGCUUUUCAACUUAUGUUCAUUGAGGUGCCGUUGAAUUGCCGCCUGAUAAGUAUGAACCAAACUGAAUUAGACCGCUCAGUGGAAACAUGGCUUUAGUUAGGGUACUAGGACCCAGAAACUUGGACAGCAUCCUUUUCUUGCCAACUCGAGUACGAGGACACAUUCUUAGCAAUAUUUUAUUCCAGUUCUGUUUUUUUCUUUUUCUAAUUUUUGUAUGGACCAUGUGACGUGCUUGGGUUUUAUUUUCCGCAGGCAAGAUGUUUGGCUGAACAAAGCAACAUAUUUGAUGGGAUUGUGAUUUUUCUUCAGAUGGUUUACCCUUUGAAAUAAAGCUGCCAACUCAU